AUGCCAGGGAGGGCAUUGUCACCUAUAUGGGUUCUCAUGCCUCGUCGGCGCAAACACGUUCGUAAACCCAGUCUAUCCGAAAGUCGCAAAUUUAUGGUGAGACACGAGCUAUUUUUUACAAAAACACUAGGCCUAGUGAGCGCGGAACCUGCUUCCCUCUCCAAAGCCCGCCGAAGCAACGCCAGUUCUAUGAACUUUUGAGUACCUCCCCAGUGGUCUGAGCAUCACUAAAACUGAAAAUGGAGUGGUCGUCGUACUUGCGCUUUCAGGAUGUCAAGGAGAAGAUCAAAGUUGUCAAAGAGGAUGUGAUGAAGGCAAUGAAAGAAGUUGCGCUCAUUGUUUACAGCCCGUAG